AUUAUGUAAAUUCAUGUUUUUGGUUUUUGAAUUUCAGGUAAAUGUUUCAUUGCUUACUAGUAUAGUGAAUCUUCUGCACCAGCCAGAAAUCAGCAUAGGGUCUUAUUUGUUCUGCACCUACUAGUCAAUAGCUUUUGGUAAUGGAUAUAGGCCAAGGGAUUACCAGUGCUAUAAAAAAGCAAAAACGAAGAGGUUCCAAGAAAAAAAGAUUAACUUUUGAAGAUGAGGCGCCUAGAACUGAAGAGCAUCUAAAACCAAAGGCGAUACCACCUCAGGUAUUUAUAGGAAAGGGCACUGCCUUUCUUUCUUUUGGCUUCAGAUUAAUUAAGAGCCACACCCAGCAAGGUUUAGAUAUCAUUGGAGCAACCUAUUGUAACAGGAGCAAACGACUGGUGUUGUUAGAUGGGAAAGGAUUUUUCAGUCUGGAUUUGCUUCCUACUAAUCGUUCUGUUAGAAGAGAGUUGGAGUUUCCAAAGUCUCAGCUCAGCUCGGCAAGAAUCAUCACUUACUCUGAAAAGUAUAAUGUCUACUUUGUUCUGCAAAAAGAUUUCUCAAUUAAGGUUUACAACAAGGAUUAUAAUGAGACUUGUUCAGCAGAAAAUCCAGGUUUUGGACGGCUAAGCUUUAUGUCAUUCAACCCAGUGAGAGAUGAACUCAUCUGUGGAGGAAUCGGGGGAAUAAAGAUUUGGAAGUUUAAAGAAAAGAGGAUCUCAGAAGAAUCUAGCAUCUAUCCAAUGUGCAAUUAUGGCCUCUUCCCCAGUAGAGAAUAUCCACACAUGGGGAAAAGGUGGUGCACAAAUAUGGAUUUUGAUGUCCUUAUGCAAAGAUACUACUGCUUUUCUGAAUGUCAUUUCACCUGCUACAACAUCAACGGGAAAAUGCUAUUCGAGAUACCAAAUGCACAUACAACCGAUAUUACCUCUUGUGUCUACUCAUCUGACUUUAACGUUUUGGUUACCUCCUGCAAAGGCAAUGAAAUAAAAUCUUGGAGUGACCAAGGCUCCUUGCUGCACACAUUUCAAGGUCAUUCCAAAACUGUCACAAAGCUUCUGCUGCACCCAAACUCUACCUCUUUAUUUAUCUCUGGAUCUCUAGAUGGAUCAGUCAAACUCUGGUCAUUUGAUACAAUGGACAUUUUUUACAGCAUAUCACCAUUCAAGGAAGGAAUACGUUGGAUUGGCACAGUGGAUGAUAAAUUUCUGUACUGCUGUUCUCCCCGCAAUCUUCAUAUAUAUGAUCUGAACUCAUUUACUACCUUUUGGACUCAUUUCAACAGUCCAGUAACUAAACUCUACGUCUGUAGUGCACAUGAGAAGUCCAGCAGGGUGGUUGCUAUGGGUGCUGACAACAGUUUAAGAAUAUUCUCACUUCAAGACGGGGAAAAGUUAUGCACAGUUCUGCCACCUCCUUAUCCUGCUCUGAUCCAGCCAAUUCUAAGUUUUACCUACAACCGAGCCAGUGGAACUGUUUUCUUCCUCCUGACACCUUCAGAAAUAUGGGUCUACACUGUAAGGACUAAUCCAGCAUGUAGAGCAGCAGUAUGGACUAUAGGAGAGCUACAACAACACUUGCAUAGGAAACAUCCCUUUGCCUCCUGUAUUCAGAAGAAUGAACAUUUUCAACAUACUCGAAAAAGAAAUUUCAGGACUUCAGUGAAAUGCGAAUGCCUCUGCAGCUUGUCUUCGCCAUUGUGCUACUUGAUAGAUGAAGGAGUGGUGUUUGCAGAUAAUCAAGAAUUUCUGGUUCUUGGUAUGCAGGAUGGACGAAUUCUAUUUCUCCAUACAUCAGUACAGAAUUUGGUUUAUUAUGAAAUGACUGCUUAUACAGAUCCAGUGGUCCAUUUAAGACACGAUGUGGCCCAUCAGCAGCUAAUAAUUAUGUGCCAGAGCCCAAGAUGCAAACAGAUACACUUCAGAAGCUUACCUGGUCUAGAGCUCGUGUCGCAAGUGAACACAGCAAAUGAUACCAUUGUUUUCACAAGGCUUAGCAAUUCACUCUUCAUUGGCAUGACAUCUGGAAGUGUGGAUAUUUUAAAAAUAAAAGAAGACAGCAAAACAAAAGAUGGGAAAUAUCAUGGGGAGAAUGAAGAAGAAGAAGAAGCUUUCUCGGACAAGUACCACAAUGGCCGUGUACUGGCAGUGGAUUCCUGCAAGAAUUAUUCUCUCUUUUUAAGUUGUGGUUCAGAUUCCACAAUAAAGCUAUGGGAUACACAGAAGAAUUUGGUGGCAGAUAUCACUCUCGAUAACACUUUAAGCACAGCCUGUUUUCUGAAUAGUUCGGGUGAUAUUUUACUGGCUUUCAAAAAUGAUAUUUACGUCUUGUCUCACAGUAAGACACUGGGCUUAUUGAAUGCAAAUAUUGAUGCCUCUGGCAUCUCAGCAACAGAAUCCUAUAUUUUUGAAAGUCAACCUGUAGAAGACCUAGACAGAGGGAAAACUUACAUCUCGAAGCCUGUUGAGAUGGCAUCAUAUCUGGUACCUUACAAGGGAUAUGCCUUCACUGAAGACUUCACAUCAGACUUGUUGGUUUUACCAAAGAAGAAAGGAAAGCCAGUCUGGAGAUUACCAGUGGCUCCCUCAGCAAUCUACUGCUCUCCCUGUACCUCAGACGUUUCUCUGAAUAUAUGUGAUUUCCUGCUCCAACCUGCAACUCCCGACUUAGAAGAACGUGAUAAAGCUGAAAUGUCCGAAAGAAUGGUUGUGACAGAAGAUAAGAAGUAUGUGCCUGGGCCAAAAUUUCCAGCACAAACUCAUUUAGAAAUACCUUUCUUUGGAGUUUCUCCAUGUUCAUCUGUAGUCUGUGAAGAGCCCAAGACAGAAACACAACCGAAGGAGCAGGUUGCUUCAACAGAGAGUGUGUUACCCAUAGUGGAGCCAGUACAGGACAUUAUAAGUAAAGAGCUGUGUUUGAUAAAAGAAGAAACAGUCCCAGAAGCUCCAGAAGAUUCAGGAGCUGCAGAAGCUCCAGAAGAUUCAGGAGCUGCAGAAGCUCCAGAAGAUUCAGGAGCUGCAGGAGCUCCAGAAGAUUCAGGAGCUCCAGAAGCUCCACAUUCAAAGCAAGAGACUAUCCAAACUUUGAAGAAAAAAAGGACCUCAGAGGGCUUAGAUUCAAUUCCACACAUAGAUUCUUUAAUUUAUGAAACAACCAAAGGAAGAUAUUUGCACAAAGACAGACUAUUCGAGCAUGUAAAGGAACCCAAGAAGCUCGUGCCCAAGAAGCUCCUGAAAAUAGGAAGGUUGAGUCUCAAAACGAUGCGGACACCCAAACAUGCAAAAAAAAGUUUGCUUGCAAAGAGUGCUAUGAGAUCUAGAGACCACACAUACGCCUCAUGUGCCAAAUCAGCUAUUUCUGUUGGACAAAAACAAUUCCCUGCCCUUGGGACUGAGGGUUUGGUACUUGCUGACAAAAGGCCCCAUCCAAGAAAGAAGACCAUCCCGCAGGAAAAUGAAGGUUAUGAGACCUCUUAUGAAAGAGAUAUUUUAAGGGUGGUGGCCUGGAGGAGGAAACAAAAUGAACGGAUUCGCCAAGCAGAGGAGCGGCGUCUGAUGCAUGAACUUGCAAAAAGGUCGUGUUCCCGGAACCACUGUUUCACACCUAGCAACUCCCAGCAGUAUCAAAAUCUACAAUCUUCUGAAAACUUCCCUGAAAAUUUAUUUACCUGGAUGAAGCCUUACAAACAACACCACGGCCGUCCAUACACAGUGAUGGAAGAGACAACAAUCAAUCUCCCUAGAGAUUUCCCUUACAGGCUGGCCUGGGGAACACCAACCACUCAAGAUGUAGACAUAAAAUUGUAUCAUCCCAAGGUGAAGUUCGAUAAGGAACACAAAAUAAGCGGCCUGCAUUUAGAGAAGAAUUUGCAGCCAACUCAAUCAAUCCCAGCCAGAGGGAGAUUCAUCUUAGUGAAUGACCCCGUUGGAGUACCUUCUACUCCUCCUUUGAGCCCACUGGAGAGCAGGUUACUCAGUGCUCGUUUCCCAAAACAGAAAGAAAGGAUUCUGAAUUCUCUCUUCACAAACAUGCAGGAACCAUUCUAGGCUUUGCUUUUAUUUUCAGCAGCUUUGUCUUAGUGAAUGAGAUGCCUUCGUCAUCUGCUCCUUCUGUAGGUCCAUUGCACAUAGCUUUCUUCAUUCUUUUCUCCCAAACUUGUGGGCACAGUGCUGUCUCGUUUCAUAUUGUUUGAACUGGUCUCCAAUGUUGGUUAGCCAAGCAAUUACACCAUAUUCCAACUCUCAGUUAA